UUAGAGAGAGAGAGAGAGAGAGGUAGGGAGAAUAUAUAUAUAUAGAGAGAGAGGUAGGGAGACUGUGAGAAGGAUAGCUUCUUCGCCGACAGCAAAUGUCGAUCGCGUUAUCGGCACCAUGGUGGAUUUUGAGAUCAAACUUCAAGAUAACAAKGUUGCAGAAUGGAGCGAUCACUACAUAGAUUAUGCCGCACUGAAAAAAAUUCUCAAAAGGGCCAAGAUAUCUCAAUCAAAGUAUGUUGAUCUGAAAAAGAGGAGACUGGUGGAAUCGGGAAAAGAUACCUCAAGUACGAACAAGAAUAAUGGAGACUGGGAUGGCAUCUCCGUUGACACUAGCCUUCCGACAAUAUACUCGCAAGACGACUUUGUCAGUGUUUCAACAGAAGAGACGGCGCUGAUGUCACGAUCCCAAAACGCAUUCGACGAUAUGACAGGAAGACGUUUCUUUGUCAAGAAUGCUCUCGGUAACAUUUCUGGUUUGUUGACUGACGAUAUCGAAAGUAGAUACGCAAGGCGAUUGGAGAAUGGCCUCAAAGAUUUGGAUGAUCGGAUCGCUGUUUUCGAUGAACUAUUUCGUGCUCAAGAAAAAAAAGUGAAAUCUUUUUACUAUGAGACUCUGGAUGAUUUGGAGGAAAGAUUGGAAUUCAUGACAACUAGUGUAGCAAGGGCUUUUUCUAUCGACAUAAAUGAAAAUACCGGGGAGACCAUGACAUCGCCUCCAACCCAGAGAGGUUCGCCUUUUGUAGCUCAACACAAAGGCCAUCGCAAAGCGAUUUCAAUGGAUGAUGUGAUGGGAGUUUUUCUGCAAGCAAUCGUUGGUGAUGAAACCGGCAAUAGUACUCAUAAUUAUGUGAGAGAAGGGACUUCGAGAAAGCAUUUUAAAAGGAAAAACUUUGACAGAUCACAACGAAAUAUGAUACCGCGUCAUUCGGUCAGUCGCAUUGGCAAUAAUAAUGAUGCAAUGAGUGAUMAAAAUAUCACAAGACACAGCCAUGAAGAGAAAUCCCAUGUGCGGAGCGUCACCAAUCUCCAACUGGGUCACCUCUUACAAGAUGACGACGAGGAAGAGCUCCAUUUUCAGAGCAUUGGUUCCCAUGGUGAAAUGGAUGCUAGCACAAUUAGCAAUAUGGAACUGGAAGAAAAACGUGCAGCUGAUGCAGAAAUGAUCAAACGAUUCCUCAUUUCGCAAUAUCGCAUAGCCAAGUACUUGCACAACUAUGCGAUGCUGAAUAUUACAGGUUUCGUCAAGAUUGCUAAAAAAUUUGAUAAGACCAUCCCUUCGCACGCGGGUAAAUUCAAAUGCUCCCUUGAAAGUCGAAAUAUGAUGGAUGAUGCAUGUGAUGUGGAAGCUCUAACCAAGAGAUACGAAGCCUAUUACGCAAACUGGUUUUGCGAGGGUGAUGUUCGAGCCGCAAAGGUGCAGAUGCUUUCGAAAAAGGGAGAUGACCUCGAAACAGACUGGUCUCAGUUACAACUUGGAUACCGAAUGGGUGUAUGCGCUGUUUUGGCUGUCUGGGUUUGCUGGGAUUGCGUUUGGGGCGUCGUCAAAAGUGGGAAGUCAACUAUUGCAGAAAGAUCUGCCUUUCCCAUAUUCCGUGCAUGUGGCGGUCUUCUGCUGCUCCAAUGGUUCUGGGGAUGCAGUAUUUUUAUUUGGACAAGGUAUCGGAUCAAUUAUAUAUUUUUAUUUGAUUUUAUACCCUCCACCGUUUCCACACCAUUUGAUACGUUCUGCGCAGCUGUGGACAACACAUUGAUUUUCUUGACUUUGAUGCUGCUUUAUUAUAAGGCAGGUGUCAAUGACAUCCCUGAGGUGAUUCCCACCGAAAUGUACCCCUUGUUCCUAAUGUUCAUAACCCUAUUCAGGCUUGCUUUUCCUUUGCGACAAAGACUUCCAAUGUGGAGAAGCAUAUAUAAGGUCGUAUCUUCGCCGUUACAUUCUCCUUCAUUUUUCCAAACAUACGUGGGUGAUAUAUUAACGAGUAUGGUGAAAAUUUUCCAAGAUAUUGCAUGGUCCAUCUCUUGGUUGUGGGCAGGAGAAUACAUGGCAUCCAAAGACUCUGGUGUAAGCACGACCCAAAUGUGGUGCAACACAUAUUGGUACAAGAGUGUGGUUAUACCCCUGAUCACGAUGAUGCCUCUCGUGAUUCGUUUCAAUCAAAAUUUGAGAAAGUUCUGGGAUACUGGGGAGCGAUUUCCUCACUUGGCAAAUGCAUCAAAAUACGUGCUUUCGUCACUUCUCCCUCUUUUUGGAAUAUUCCAUCCACUUUAUCUAGAGUACGAUCGUGGAGCAGRGGAAAAUAGAUUUUUCAAAACCUUUUGGACUCUCAUUUUCGUCACGUCCUCCGUCUAUUCUUUUCUCUGGGAUGUGUACAUGGACUGGGGCUUGGGACGACACAAAUWUUCAUUUCUCAAUCAAUCUUUGGUUUUCCCUCGAAAGUGGUAUUACUAUGCCACAAUUGGAAUCGAUUUGGUUCUCCGAUUCCUUUGGGUGCUGACCUUGGUUCCGCCUGACUCCGGUGCUUCUUUCGCCCUUCCCCAAUAUCUCACAACCCUCAGCAUGGCACUCGAACUUUUUCGGCGUACUCUAUGGGGAUUCUUCCGUCUGGAACACGAACAUCGAAACCAUGAGCAUGACUACAGGCGAAAAGGGUUUGUACCACUGCAUUUUAACACUGGUCACCUACACAAGUAUAAAGACGARAAAGAACGAGCAGGUUCUGAAGUCUUACGUGAGGUUAUAUUAGUUACCUUGAUCGUGGGGGGGUUUUGCUUUGCAACCAUCGCAGCAGCGCAACAUGCUAACCAAAGGUUCGGGGAACUUUGAUUUCCCAAUUAUGAUCGAUGCUUCUGUGGGAUGUUAUUGCUAGAGACUAAUUUGAUGAUGAACGCUAAUUUGUUCUCGUUUGUAUUAAAUAACCACUACUCCGAUUUAAUGUUCUUGGUUCAUCCCACGAUUAUCAACUUUUAUUUAAGUUACCCUAUGUUUCAACAACAUAUAUUGUGGCCAGUUUGCAAAAAAAAAGUAUGCUUUGAGCGAAGUAGUGGAAUCGUUUGACGUACGACAACAAAGAUAAGUUGUUCAAAUUCAAGGAAUCAUUUCUCAUUCGUUUUCUCGCCGCCCUUCGCAAGAUGCGAUAGAUGCGAUCGAUACUCGCUACCUUUCGCCCACUCAGAUUGCGAAUAUAGUAUCUAGUUUGCUCUUUUUUCAUCCUCAUCACUAGCUUCCUUUUUCUUUCCUCCGAACAGGCCCAUGAUUCCACCCAUUACAUCAGCGCUCUCAUCAACGUAACCUUGGUCAAUGUACGGGAGAAGUUCAUCAGUCCGUAUGUCGACCAAACCUUCACUGCCCAGACGGCUUGAAGUCGGAUCACGAUCCAUCUCACUUCCAACCGUGAUUUUCCCCUCGUCUUUUAGACGUUUCCAUUCUGUAAUUGGAUCGUAUCCAUCUUGAACCUUGCCCUGGAAUCCCCACAUUUCUUUUUCUUCUUGUAAUUUAGCUCGGUUGUUAGCUACUUUUUUCUCGUAGUCUUGCAUCUUUUCUGGAUUUCGGCGACGUUCAAGAAUUUCUCUCUGUGCUGCCUCCUGCUCGGCACRUUCUCUAGCUUCGUAUUUGGCUUUAUUUUUCUUUCCUUCUUCUGAAAAAAURAGUCUUAAAUCG